AUGUUUAAACCUGUGUUGUGGCAUCCGUGUUUGUCACACGUUCCGACGGCAAAGCACAUGAACACUAGCUGUGGGAAAACAAAGUAAUCACGGGGGCGGUCCUGUCAUUCCCAGGUGCCAUGAAUGCACCAUUAGGCCAGGUUAGGCGCUCCUGACACUGACGACAUCACCAACCGGAACGACACAAGUGCGACAGCCCAGAGGCAAUAGUUUAAACAAACUUUGCGUCCUUGUUUGCGAUUGAGAGUUCGAACUACCCUUUCUAGAAACACCAAAUACAACAACGAUGGAUCGUAGCCUACUACUAAGGUUGCGACGGAAAUUCUCCAACUACGCUUUCUAGAAACGCACCCCUGGACCAUACCUGUCACCCAGCCCUGCCCUUUUGUCAUAGCGAAGCCUAUAGUUGUGUGUGUGGGGGGAGAUUGUCGCAUUGUGUUCUUCGCUGAUUUUGAUUAACCUGAAGCCAUUCUGGACAGCGUAAAAGGAAAUGCAGAUAGCUUGUACAUUCAAACACUACAAAACCACAGAAAGCCCACUGAGACAUACAGGCAUGAAAUAAGACCAUUAGACAUAUUGGAUAACAAGGUCACAUCCAUGAUCAGGAACAGAAAGAGAUCACACACACCGAGAUGCCAGAUUUCACUCUUCCCAACAGGGAGCCAGACAAAAAGGAAGACCGCCCCAACACUAUUGGCAUGUCAACAGUCUCCUUGAGUCCACAUAGUGUCAUGCAACUGGGAGGGAAACGGAGCAGCUUGCUGGAGAAGACAAUGAUCCAAGACAAGGGGGACAAGUUAUUAGUUGACUAUGAAGUUGGUGAAGAAGGGGACAUCACUGAAACCUUGGGGAGCCAUAGGAGUGUGAUGCCAGAAAAGGGUGCUCAUGCCUUUAACCCCGUGGUGACCGUGAUGAACACUGACAUUAGGCAAGACAGCCCAGAGGAUCUUGUUGUAAGUGAGCAGUCCACAGGAAUACCUCCCCUAUAUGAUGUACUGUGCAACACAACUGAACCUGCCCAUCCCCACCACUGUGCCUCUGAACACCCCCAACUCAAAGCAGGUUGUGGCAACUCUAUGAGGAUGGGUGUGUCAAUGGCAGCUGCUGUGGUCAUCCUCCCCUUCUUGAUAUGGGCAGGCUACGAACUGCUACCCUUUGAGGGCCCGUCCAUCACCAGCACCCCCUUCAGACUGGUGUAUACACUGCGUUGUGCAUUCUUUGCCACCAUUCCCAUAGGCUUGGGUGUGCUGGUGCAGAGUGUGUCACGGUUGAGGUGCAGUGAGCUGACCCCACAGUUCGAGGACUGCUGUCAGAAUCGGGAUGUUGCCAUGCACUGGUACUAUGUGCAUGACUCCCUUACUCUCUACCUGCUCUACUUCCUGCAGCUGGGUGUCAUGUCCACCUACAUACAGCAGGACCUGCUCAAGCUCAUACCACUCCUAACCAUCAUCUUUGUGUUCGGCAGGUUGAUCUACUGGGUGUGUGCAGCCUUCAGCAGUGGUGUGCGAGGUCUGGGGUAUGGACUCUCUUUUUUCCCAGUUUUAGCCAUGUUAGGUGCCAAUAUUUACUUUAUUGUCACCUCACCAGACACACUGUUCAACACUGUUCCACCAACUGCAGUUCCUCCACCCAAAGUGAGAUGGUGGUGGUAAUGACUACAAGUGAGAAUGAUGGUGUACAGAAUGAAGAGUUCUCUGAAGCGAGAUUAAAUGCCCCAACUACAGUGCCCAGCAGAAUUAUUGGCACCCCUGAUUAAGUUGCCCUCUGGGAGGAGUGUCUGUAAUUAUGUGCACUGUUUAUCCACUAAAACCCCUGGGAACCUCAUUAGGUUACAAGGACAUCAAAAUACAACAGUUUACAAAUAUGCCUCUCCUAAGAAACUGAAUAUGGGUCUUCAUUGGAUCCUCCAGAGGGACAAUUAUCCAAAAUACACUGUAUAUGAAAUCAAGCUUCCUCCAUUACCAUUGCAGUCCCCAGAUUUAAGGAGAAUUUGUGGGGUAAACUAAAGAUGAGAGUGCACAAGAGACGACAUAAGAGUGUGGACGAUCUGAAGAGGAAUAGCAUCACAUUCCUUGCUCUGCAGUUUCAAUUUCCAGCAUCUGCUCAGAGCAAUUGCGACUCUUGAUCUGUGCCAAAGCUCUCCAGUUUGUUCAAUCACACCGUGCUGUGUGCUGUUCAUGAUAAUCACUUUUGCCCAUGGACAUUUUAGUUUCAAUGUAACAAAUUAAAUUAUUUAAUUUUUUAAUUUUUUAUUAAUUGUUAGUUUGUUUGUCUUGAUGUUUGUGUGUAGAGUGCUUUGUGCUACACAUACAAAUGUGCUUUAUAAAAGACUUACUUACUGACUUACAUACUUAUCAGAGAAUAUUAAAAGCUGUUUUAUUGGCAAAGGGAGGUUGUGAAAAAUAAUGAGUGUCAAUAAUUGUGGCAUGUGUUAAAGAUAAUUAUUUCUUAAUGGAAAUAGAAAGGCAUUUUUACUGAUUAAAUUAGCCUCACGUCGGUUCACUCACUCCAGUUUUGAUUUUCCUCUUUUUUCAGUGUUAGGGUGAGAAGUCAUGAAAAGAUUCUUUUUAAAACCCUUUUUACUCAUCUUUACCAGGGGUGCAAAUGAUUUGGGAAGAGAUUGUAUGUCUGUUUUAUUAUUAUUCAAACAGUUGAAUAUGAAAUAUA